UCCUAACAUAUUCAUUUUGGUUCAUUCAAAGGCUCCACGCGAUUGCGGCUCACUGCAACACAUCUCAACUUGCCAAGUUGUCAUCAAACGAGAUCCUAUUUAUCAUAUUCAUUCAUUGCUUUCGAACUGCGCUACAUUCUCAUCUCCUAUCCAUAGUCUCCGCUUUUCAGAACAUAACACGAGCUUUAGUCACUCACCCCAAACACCUACACGAUGCACUCGACCAGUUACUUCCGCGUAGCAAUCGCAUAUGCACUACCACUUCUUGCCCAGGCAUUCACAAAGGGCGUUGAUCCAUCUCACCCCCCUCACAAAACUGAAGAAGGGCAGACAGGCUACAACGAUUGUGGAACCCAAGACUCUCCGAAUUCUCAAUGCCAAAACGCUUGGGUCAACGGCAUAGAUGAUUUUUGUCUAUUUAGUUCUCCAACCCAUGCGGACGUGGGCAAUUCCGAGCGUGUUGCUGUGGCCUAUUGUACAAAGCCAGGACAUGGUUCUCGUUUAAUGCCAGCCGGAACCCUUCAAGGGGCACAUUUUGUUCAAACUCCGCACUAUGUCCAGAUCACUGGCAAGGGUGAUUUCACCAAACUGAUGCUGCCCCAGGGAGAUCAAGGUGGCGAGCUUGAUCCGCACGGUGCUGAUGGUCUCGGAAAUCCGAUCGGUGGCUUAGUCUUCGGAAAUGACCCCACGGGCAAACGCAUCCAGUUUGCGGAGUGGACAGAAUUUAUUGCCGCUGACGAAUUUUGCAUUCGAGCAUGUUUUCCAACUGCCGAUGGUCGCGCCCCAGAUUAUUGCAACCAUAUAUAUGAUACUCAAGGGUGCGCUUGGAAUAUGCCUGGAAAUUACGACAAUGGAUUUGACUCGUGCAAGGCAGAUGACGUAGAGCCAAUGGGCGAAUAUCAAUACAAAGGCGCCGAUGGCAAAUACACCACUUAUCGUUGGUACCAGGGUCAACCGAACCGUCCUGAGGCGCAUCCUCCGGCUAAAACAUCCCAAUGUAAGAACUAUUCUGCCGCCGCAAUCAACUCAGGUGCCAAUUACGGGCCCGCACCCACGACUCGUAACACGUCUGUCAAGCCCCGCCCUGCCACUGCCCCACAAUCGAACCCUGGCACUCCAUUGGAGCAACACAUGUCACGCAGCAAAACUCGUCGAUCUACUUUCUAAUUCAUGCACUCUUAGCAUCAUUACCUUUCUGUCAUUACCAUCAACCAUGUACACAACUUUUAGUUAACUUUAUUGAUGCAGUAAUAUGUAUUCUUGAGCUCGCAAUUAAACACUUUUUACACAAAACU